AUGUUUACCCACGAGGAUUUAAUGCCAGUCAAAGGCUGGAAAAUGGUCAUAGCUCCUUCCAUUACCUUUCCUGAGCCAACUCCAGUUCAUUACGACAACUUAAUGAAAGUCUCCUCAUUACUGAAAGAAAUUGGAAAAAAACAUGAAUGGUCAGAAGAGCAAAUUGCCAAUGACCUUGAAAUCCUUCACAAGCAUCGACUCUUUUAUACAAGAGAUCUGAGAGCCCUUUCCGAUCACAGCUGGGAGACUAUUGAACUUCUUCCAAUUGUACGUGACAUAUUGAGAACUAGCGUUGAUCCCAACUGGAAAGAAAAUCAAGACCCAGAAGCUAAAGAGAAAAGAGAACAAGAGAGAAGGGAGAAAAAGGAGAGGAAAAAGGAGAAGAAAAGAGAGAAAAAGGAAAGAGAAGAGCAAGAGAGAGAACAAGAAGAAUAUAGGUAUCAGAGCUUUGGGCAAAGUGUCCAUCCAUUUGACAUGACUAGUUUACGUGCCCAAUAUGGAUUCGACUACUACAACAGGAAACCUCAAAUUCCUGUUGUUUCACGUGAGGAGCUAGGACUUGACGCAGAGACUAUCCGCAAUACUGUUCGCAACGAAUCAAUAGAGAUCGAUCCUUCUGAACUUGAGAAGGUUCUCACCAGUUCAUCAGACGAUAGCAAGAGAAGAAAAUCCGUGACUUUCCCAGAUGAUCUUGAUCUACUCUUGGAGGCCCAUAAGGAAGAAAGAAGAAAGGAAAAAAAGAAGCGGGCCAAGAAAGAGCUCAAGAAGUCAAGAAAAGAAGCAUGCAGAAGAGCGACAAUAGAAACGGUCAAAAGGCUUGAAAGAGCAGAGAGGGAACGUCAAGAGCAGGAGGAAAAGGAGGCCAAAAAGAAAAACGAAUCGUGCACACCAACACCAGAAAAUGAUUUGGUCCCAGUCAAAAAUCUUUUGGAGGAACUCCAAAACGACAAGAUUGAGCACGCCACCCUAUCCGCAUUAAAACAAUUUCCCAUCGUCCACUCCCUAUCGAUUGAUUCAAUUGAGCAACGCUUAGAAUGCUUGCCAUCAUGGCUUUGGACGUAUCCAAUCAGCGAUUUUGUGAAUACUUGCACCAAACCCCAGACGGCCUCAUUCUGUGAGGUCAGCGAACGAAUAUUCCUAAUCAACCAUGCUGUCCUAAUUUUCAAAUCACUUGGCAAUCAGACAAACAGGCUCUGUCUUAAUUGGUGCAAAUCACAACUGCAGCAGCAGACAUAUCAAGCGCGCGUAAUGAUUAAUAUUGGUCAAAUAGACGAAAUGGCUUUGCGUUUUGUGAAUGGGUUUGGAUUUGACAAGAACGGCAAUGAACGUCUUAUUCUGGAAGUAUCAGGCGGGCAUGCAGCCAAUGAUCAAAAACAUGCCUGCGAUGUCACAAGAUUGUUCACAGUUUGA